AUCAGCAAGUGUCCAAUGUGCCCUACUUUUACUAAUCCAUGAGAGAAGCGACGAAUAUUUAGGAAAUUUCAAGUCAUCAUUCUUUGUUUUGAUUGCAUCCACUUGAUUUUCCGUGAAUUUUCCUUACUGUUCGUUCUAAAAGGGUGUGAAAAACAAUCUCAAGGAUGACUAUAUCGUCCAAGAUGGAUGUGGAUGUGAACCGUGGUGAGGGCUUCCGGUCGUACUAUAUACAAAAGAUCGAGGAAUUGCAACUUGUUGUAGCGGAAAAGAGUCAAAAUCUCCGGCGUCUCCAGGCUCAGCGGAAUGAAUUGAAUGCAAAAGUUCGAAUGCUGCGGGAGGAGUUGCAAUUGCUGCAGGAACAGGGUAGCUAUGUUGGGGAAGUCGUGAAGCCGAUGGAUAAGAAAAAGGUUCUCGUAAAAGUUCAUCCGGAGGGGAAAUUUGUUGUGGACAUUGACAAGAAUAUUGAUAUCAACGAUGUGACCCCCAAUUGUCGCGUAGCGCUGCGCAAUGAGAGCUAUACGCUGCAUAAGAUUCUGCCAAACAAGGUGGACCCGCUGGUGUCGCUCAUGAUGGUUGAGAAGGUUCCGGAUUCAACGUAUGAGAUGGUGGGUGGACUCGAUAAGCAAAUUAAGGAGAUUAAGGAGGUGAUUGAGCUGCCAGUGAAGCAUCCUGAGCUCUUUGAUGCACUGGGAAUUGCUCAGCCAAAGGGAGUUCUCCUCUAUGGGCCACCGGGAACAGGGAAGACCCUCCUGGCACGAGCUGUAGCUCAUCACACUGAAUGCACCUUCAUUCGUGUCUCUGGCUCGGAGCUUGUGCAGAAAUUCAUCGGUGAGGGCUCACGUAUGGUCAGGGAACUCUUUGUCAUGGCUCGCGAGCAUGCUCCUUCGAUUAUUUUCAUGGAUGAAAUUGACUCCAUCGGCUCGUCGCGUAUUGAAUCCGGCAGCGGGGGGGAUUCAGAGGUGCAGCGUACGAUGCUUGAGCUCCUCAAUCAACUGGAUGGCUUCGAGGCCACGAAGAACAUCAAAGUUAUCAUGGCAACCAAUAGGAUUGACAUCCUGGAUCCAGCUCUCCUCCGCCCAGGGCGCAUUGAUCGCAAAAUUGAGUUCCCACCACCAAAUGAGGAAGCCCGUUUGGACAUCCUGAAGAUUCACUCGCGCAAAAUGAACCUCACGCGUGGCAUAAAUCUCCGGAAGAUCGCCGAACUCAUGCCGGGAGCUUCUGGGGCGGAAGUUAAGGGUGUAUGCACGGAAGCUGGCAUGUAUGCGCUGCGCGAGAGGCGAGUCCACGUCACCCAGGAAGACUUCGAGAUGGCCGUUGCGAAGGUAAUGCAGAAGGAUUCAGAGAAAAAUAUGUCGAUUAAGAAGCUCUGGAAGUAAAAUAAUUAAUAAAAUGCGAUUUUUUUCGAAUAAAAA